CGGACGGCAAUGCAUGGUGCUCUCCCCUAUAAAGAGCCUUUGGCUCCUAACAAGUAUUUGAUACCUUAAUUUCAAGCAGAAACAGAGGUACAAAUGGGAUUAAACAGGUUCUCUCUGCCAGCAAUGGCGGUGAUAAUGAUGAUUAAUGCCAUGCUUCUAUCGCAAGGGUGUUUGGAGGAAGAACGAAUUGCUCUUUUGCAGAUCAAAACUUCCUUUGCUGAAUACCCAAAUCGUAAGCCAAACCAGCUAUCCUAUUGGGGAAAAGAUGCUCUCUGUUGCAGCUGGGAAGGAGUUACCUGCAGCAAUUCCACUACAAGACGAGUCGUCGAAAUCGAUCUUUCCUACGCAAGAUAUUGGUACUCAUCUAUGGGAGAUUGGCACCUAAAUGCAUCUCUAUUUCUUCCCUUCCAAGAACUCAAAGUUCUUGACUUGGCUGGAAAUGGCAUAGCUGGCUGUGUUGCGAAUGAAGGUUUCGAAAGGCUAUCAAGACUUGCAAAAUUGGAGGUUCUUUACUUGGGUUACAAUAACUUCAACAAUAGCAUCCUAUCAUCCCUUGAAGGGCUUUCAUCUCUCAAAUAUCUAUAUCUUUGUGGCAACCAGUUGCAAGGAUCAAUAAACAUGAAAGGACCAUCAAAGCUUAACAAAUUGGAAACUCUUGAUUUAAGCUACAAUAACUUCAACAAUAGCAUCUUAUCAUCCCUUGAUGGGCUUUCAUCUCUCAAAUAUCUACAUCUUGAUGGCAACCAGUUGGAAGGAUCAAUAAACAUGAAAGAAUUUGAUUCAUUGAGCAACUUGGAGGAGCUUUCGCUGGCUGGAAAUAAGAUCCAAGAUUUUAUAGCCUUAACAGGUUAUGAAGGACCACCAAGGCUUAACAAAUUGGAGAGUCUUGAUUUAAGCUACAAUAAAAUCAACGAUAGCACCUUAUCAUUCUUCAAAGGGUUUUCAUCUCUCAAACAUCUACAUCUUCGUAAUCAGUUGGACGGAUCAAUAGACACAAAAGGUCUUUGUGAGUUCAAGCCCUAG